CACAUGUCAUCCUUGAUCCAUGACAUGACGUUCAGUAGAUGCGCUGUCGCAGAACCUGACCUCGCAACGCCGUCUCAUUAGUCCUCGUCACGAUCACCCGAAUCGCCUUCAUCAUACCUCGCUAGCAACAUAAAGAGAUAGCUCCCAAGCUCUUCCAUGUCUCGAUAGCUUUACCCCUCCGCUCGUCCUCUUUGUCUUGUCUCACACACGAUCACCAACAAUAUGGAAAAAUACAGCCAAUUUCGCGACAGAGCAACGGGCAUUGCGCCGUUUCUUCCCGUUUCGACGCCCGUAUCAGCUCUCGCGACAUUCACACACGCCGCUCUUUUCCUCUUCCGCCUCCCAUUCUUCAUCGCUUACUUCCUCGGCUACUUCCUCUUCUUCCACUUCCUCCCGCUGCCAGUUAUCUUCAGAAAGGUUGCACUAUGGGGAUUGAUGGCCAUACCGGGAAUAUGGUGGGUUGACCUUCAGCUCGACGGUGUCAAACGUGGCACCCUCGCUGACCAACCCCGCGAGCGUUUCCCGCACCCUGGCUCAGUUAUCGCUGCCAACUUCUCGAGCCCUAUCGAUGCGAUCUACCUCGCCGCUAUUUUUGACCCGAUCUUUACCAUUUCGUACCCCGAUACUCGCAAGGUGCAGCGUGUGAGUUUGCUGGGUGCUGUUCUGGCAGCUCUCUCGCCUGUGCAGACUGGCCCCCCUAAAAAUGCGAAACUCGUCGAGAUCAAGGACCUUUUGGACAGCAACCCGGGCCAGAUUAUCGCUGUUUUCCCUGAAUGUGGUACCACCAAUGGCAAGGCUAUUCUGCCUUUCAGCCCGAGCAUCCUUCAAACACCAGCCGACGUCCAUAUCUUCCCUGUUAGCAUCCGAUACACGCCCUCCGACAUUACGACACCAGUGCCUGGAAAGUGGUUCCGCUUCUUGUGGGAUCUCCUCUCUCGACCGACGACGUGCAUUCGUGUGCGCAUUGCUGAAGGCCAAAUCAACACGUCUGCCGCCAAGACCAAUGGUGUAACAUCUUCCUCUUCCGAGCUACGCAACCGUGGUGACGCUAGUUCCAGCGUUUCCCCUGAUGAGCAGCGUGUCCUUGAUAGAGUAGGCGAGGCACUCGCCAGACUAAGCCGCGUCAAGCGUGUUGGACUUACAAUGAAGGAUAAGGCGGCCUUCGUGGACGCUUUGAACGGAAAGAAAUAAAUACUUAUGGAAGAUUUGGGAGAAUCUAGGGUUGAUACGAUCAACAGAGAGGCCGCUUCGUUUGAAGUGAAGCUGUGUUUGGAGUUCGCAUUGCAAGGAGCUAUUGGAGGUCAUUCUGUUCAGUCGGCCUAAUACCCACAAUCUUUCGUGGAUUUGCGUUGUAUUCUUGUGUUUUGUUUUUUUUGGUUAUUUCAAGAUGCGCAUUCUACGUUAUAGCUUGUUAGGUAGACUUGUCGGCCCAGAGCAUUUUCACGUAUUAGCGAGGAGGCACUUUGAAGGCAUUAAGAACGAAAAAAACAUUGGGAUAUAAGUUCUGACCCAGAAAAUUCUAAAUUCGCCUUUUCCCACCCCAUUAAAACAGGAAUUACAUCGUUACAUUUGACAAUUCUUUUUGGCUUUCGCGAGCCUUUUUAGUUCUUGAGACCACUGUCGGUGACACAGCCCUCACUGGCGUUUCUCACAAGCUGGGCGUACUUGCUCAGCGUACCCUUGGUGUAUCGAGGAGCGGGAGCCUUCCAGGCCUUGCGACGUCGCGCAACCUCCUCCUCAGGGACAACAAGAUCGAUAGCACGGGUCUCGGCGUCGAUGACAAUGGUGUCGCCGUCCUCAACGAGAGCGAUGGGACCACCCUCCAUAGCCUCAGGGACGAUGUGGCCAAUGAUGAAACCGUGAGAACCACCAGAGAAACGACCGUCAGUGAGAAGGGCAACGUCCUUUCCGAGACCAGCGCCCAUGAUGGCGGAAGAAGGCUUCAGCAUCUCAGGCAUACCGGGACCACCCUUGGGACCGUCAUAUCGGAUAAUGACAACGGUCUUCUCACCCUUCUUGAUCUCACCAGCCUCGAGACUGGCAAUGAAAUCGGGCUCAGAGUCGUAGACACGAGCCUUACCCUCGAAUCGAAGACCCUCCUUACCGGUGAUCUUACCGACACAGCCACCAGGGGCCAGAGAACCGCGGAGGAUCUGAAUGUGACCGGUAGGCUUGAUGGGGUUGCUCAGGGGUCGGAUGAUGGUCUGGUCCUCAGGGAACCCGGGCAUGUUCUCGACAUUCUGCUUCAUGGUCUUACCAGUAACGGUAAUACCAGAGCCGUCAAUGAUACCCUCCUUGAGCAGGAACUUGAGAAGAGCGGGAGUACCGCCAAUCUUGUGCAUAUCGGCCAUGACCCACUUUCCGGAGGGCUUCAGGUCGGCAAGGAAGGGAGUGCGGUCGGAAACCUUCUGGAAGUCCUCAAUGUCGAGCUUAAUACCGACAGAGUCGGCAAUGGCGAUAAGGUGCAGGACGGCGUUGGUGCUGCCACCAAGGAUGGUAGUGACGAUCAUGGCGUUCUCGAAGGCCUGGCGAGUCAUGAUGUCACGAGGUCGAAUGUCCUCCUUGAGAAUGUUGCGAAUAGCAGGUCCAACGCUCUCGCACUCAGCCUUCUUGCUAGGAUCCUCAGCAGGGCUGCUGCUGCUACCGGGAAGAGUGAGACCGAGAGUCUCAAGGGCGGUGGCCAUGGUGUUGGCAGUGUACAUGCCACCACAAGCACCACCACCAGGGCAGGCGUUUCGAAUGAUGUCGAAUCGCUGCUCCUCAGUGAUCUCACCAGUGAUGUAUUGACCGUAGGCCUGGAAAGCAGAGACGAUAUCGAUGGACUCGCCCUGCUUGGUGCAGCCGGGACGAAUGGUACCACCGUAGACCAUGAUGCUGGGACGGUUGACACGGCCCAUUGCGAUGGCAACACCGGGCAUGUUCUUGUCGCAACCAGGCAAGCUGAUGUUUCCGUCAUACCACUGACCGUUCAUGACAGUCUCAAUACUAUCGGCGAUAAUCUCUCGACUCUGGAGAGAGUAUCGCAUACCAGUUGUGCCCAUGGAAAUACCAUCAGAGACACCAAUGGUGUUGAAUCGGUAGGGAAUAAGACCAGCCUUGGCGACGGACUCCUUGACGACGGCGGAGAGGUCCAUGAGGUGCAUGUUACAAGGGUUGCCCUCGUACCAGACGGACGAGAUACCAACCUGAGCCUUGUUCAUGUCAUCCUCUGAAAGACCAGUGGCGUAGAGCAUAGCCUGGGAUGCGCCCUGGGCCUUGGGCUGGGUGAUGUUGGCGGAGACCUUGUUGAGCUUGUCAUCGGCGCGGAGGGCAGAGGCGGAGAAGAAGCGGCUGUAGAGGAGUCAGUAUUCAGAAGUAAAUUGAGCUUUCAAUUGACUGUUCGAGAUGGAAUAACUUAC